CUCCAGCGGCCAGUACGCGGAGAGCGACCGGUGUGUCGGGACAGCGUCUGCAGCAGAGCCUCGUCCUCACCCGUUCGGCCCGGAGAGGAGAUCAGCAGGCAGUCACCGGCGCUAGGGCGUCUCGUCUUCACGCCGAGUGGGUCCCCCAGCGAAGAGGCUCGUGAAUCUGGGAGAGGACAGGCUGCAUGUGGUUCUUCCUACAGGGCCUGGGCCUGAGCGGGCAAGGGGGACCCCGGCUCCGGGCCACCCCCUCUCACCCCAACGUGCUGACCCCAGACAGCAUUCCCGAGUUCUACAUCCCGCCCCGGAGAGCCGCGGUUCCAGCCAGGAGGAUCGGCAACCGCCUCAGCCCCCUUCAGGCCGCCCGCCGCCAUAUCAUCCGGGUGGAGAGCGUGGGACCCAGUCUGGGACAAGGGGAGGAGGAAGAGGGCGAGGGGGAGGACGAGGAGGAAGGCCCAACUCUGGGGGCUGGCCUGGUCCCGUUGCAUGCCAACCCAUCUGAAAUCAUCUAUCUGCCCGAGAGCCCCCACACACGCAGGAAGGAGUCCCUCUUCCACAACUCCGAGGCCUGGCCCUGGGGUUUACUAGAGACGCAGGAGACUAAUUCCAGCCCUUGGGCCUCUUUGGAACCACAGAGGCCCAAUCUUUGCCCGCAGGGGCCUAGACCCAGCACUUGGACCUCGUUGGGACCACAAGGGCCUAGUCUUUGCCCUCAGGGGCCUAAUUCCUACCCUUGGUCGUCCUUGGGACUACAGGGGCCUUAUCCUGGCCCGUGGGCUUACCCAAACGCAACGCAGAGGCCUCGAGCCUUGGACAGUGACACGGCCUCCUCGGCUGACUCCUCACCUCUCGGCUCUCCAUCUCCCCCGCGAGCCCAUGAGCCGGGCUGGGCACCCCGCCGCUUAGGGCCUCCGCUCGGCUUCCCAGCUCAGGAAAGGACACUAACCCUGGACCAGGGUGGGACACUGAGCCUGGAGGCCGAGUACAGUCCCGAGGGCAGCAGGCUGCACCUCAGGCUGCUGGCGGCCCGCGGCCUCUACCCUCCUCCCUUUCCGACCCGGGACGUGGGCUGCUGCGUGUCCCUCUGCCUCCUGCCCGGCAAGUGCCAGAGGCAGCGGAGUGCCGUGAUCAGAAGGAGCCGGGAGCCCGUCUUCAACGAGGACUUCUUCUUCGAGGGACUGCGGCAGGACGAGCUGAGCCAACGGCUCUUGAAGAUCAAGGUCCUGAACCGGGGCUCGGGGGUCAGGAGGGACUGCGUGAUGGGGCGCUGCCACUUGGAACUGUCCGCCCUACUCCCCGCGGCCCACGCCCUGAGCCGGGGCUAGCAGUGGCGAGGGGCUGAAUUCCACCACGUACACCUGCCUGCUGUUUGUUGCGAUAUUUAUGCUGUUUCGUAAUAAAACGUUUACUGACCCCUCUGGCUCUCGCAGCUGAUU